ACUACAACCUUAGUUUAAAUUCAAAUUUCAAAUAAAAAUUUGUUGGCUCCUCAAAACAAUGGGGAACUGCAUAGUUCUUCAAGAAAAUGUGAUGAAAAAAUAUGGUUAUCAAAUCCUAGAACACAACUCACCAAUCAAAGUUGAUCAACAUGCUUCAUGUGAUGAAGUAAAAAGCAUGCAUCCAAAUGUUCAAAAUCAGAUGCAUUUUCCUAUCAAGACAAAGAAGAAGACAGUUCGCGGCUUAGACAGAAUAUUUGAAGGCGGAGACGAAGGAAGCCGAGUUGCGAGGAUCAAGCUUGUGAUCAGCAAGAAGGAGCUGCAGGAAAUGCUAAGUGAAGGAGGAGAAAUUUCAGUUGAUGGCUUGAUUCUUAAGAUGAAGAAUCAUCAAGAAAUCACAGACAAAGUUGAGUCUAGUGUGAAUAUUGGCAAAGGAUGGUUUCCAGCUCUUGAAACCAUCCCAGAAAUAUUAAACUAAGUAUUUUUGUUUUUUUUAAAAUUUCCAAUUACAAAAAGAAGGAAAAAAAAAGUUAUUGGGUUUUA